AUGAAGGGUAGCGAUAGCUUGCGACGGGUUAAUUGUCCCGCUGCCAAUUUCGACCUACCACCAGCUCAGGCCCAGGCUCAGGCACAGGCCCAGGCGCAACAGCAGGCUCUUCGGUCUCAAUCUCAGCCUCAAGAGCCCAUCUUGGGAUCUAUAACCUCGACAAGCCCGGAAAUCACCACUUCUUCGCUCCAUUCUCAGCCUAAGUCUCAGUCUCUCUCAACCGCCAGGUUCCGUUCGUCUUCGAGACCCAGUCUUCAGGACCUAGUCCCUGUCGCCGGGACUCCAAAGCCAACCGUCCACGACCAACCUCCAGCCUAUGCCCUGUCGUCCUCAUCCUCCUUGACGGGGCCGUCCUCUUUUUCCUAUCCUCCAGCGCAUCCAACUGCUGGCGCCGCAACGAUACAUGUCCAUACAACCCAUACACAUCCGCAUACGCACACACAUACUGCCCCGGCGGCUGUCAAUCGACCCCGGCCCCUGGGCCCAUCCUCCUCCGACAUAGCGACUGCAGAGCAGGCUCACUUCCUCCACCCUGUCUCAUCUGCCUCGAGCUUACGUCCAAGGUCUUCCACCACUAGCGCCACUGCUGCUGCUGCUGUCUCCCCGUCUCCAUCGCAUACACCGAACCCUCUUCUUCGACAACACACCUCGCCGCCGUCUACCGUCGACAACAACUCUGCCCUCUUUGUUCCUCGAGGCGGGUUGCCCCCCGCGCCGUCCAUCAUGUAUCCGGCAGGCCAGAGACAUGUCUCGGGCGCUGAUCCCACACGACCUUUCCAGGUCCCUCCACCGCCGCCGCCGCCGCCCAUGGGAGCUCCGAAUGCCGGCCAAAUGGGUAGUAUGAUGAAUCUGCCUCCGCCGCCGCCGCUUCCUCGAUAUCCCACCGCACCAGGCCCCUCCGGCGUCGCGAUACCCCCACCACCCGGUCCGCCCCCGGCAAGUGCUCUCGGCCAGCAGCCUCCGUGGCACGGCGCCUUUGGGCGCAUGUACGACGGACGGCCAGGAUACAUCCCCCCGCCGCCGCCCGGUCAGCACCAGCCGUACAACCCAAAGUUACACGCUCAGAUCGCUGCUGGGCAAACAAUCUCUAUCCCUCCACCUCCUCCGCCGAAUGAGGCCAUGAGUGCGACCUAUAUACCGCAGGGCGACACUUACGGAGAGGGAGUUGGUAUCCCCGCCUUUGGACUGGAAGACCCAACCCUGACUGUCAACUCGCAGACAUCGCGGCCAGUGACAACGCCGCAGAGCGGAACUGACACAAAUGCCACAACGCCCAUGGACGAGGCCACGAGGGAACGCCUCUAUUCUGCCACUAACGCCCAGCCGCGCGGCACAUCCAAUUCUUCAAACGCCACUCCUCCCAGCUCGAUCCCACCGGAAAUCGCUGCCCAGUGGCCCCUCGAUACGGUUCUGAUUUGGCUAGCCCAGAACCAGUUCUCCAAAGACUGGCAGGAAACCUUUAGGGCACUCAACCUGCACGGAGCGCAAUUCCUCGAGCUCGGAAGUGGCCACGGUGGGCGUGGUAAUUUUGGUAUGAUGCAUCAGCAGGUGUAUCCAAGGCUUGCCCAGGAGUGUACCAACAGCCGAACCGGCUGGGAUCAGCCCCGUGAGCGAGAGGAGGGCAAGCGAAUGCGAAGACUAAUUCGAAGUAUUGUCACCGGUCGACCAGCUGAUGUGUCUAAAGUUUCAACGGCCCAUGGCCGUAAAGAAUCCCUCAAUGGCGGACAUGGGAACAACCUACCAAGCGCUGGAACCGAUCCAAUGGAUUCGCCAAAUACACCUCUCAAUGGCCCUGGCCCUGGCUUUAGUGGCCGCAGGUUCUCUCAGACCAGAUCUACCACAUUACCCAACAGUGUCAGUGGGUCCAACAUCAGCUCUGAGUCUAACCACCGUAAUAUUCUCAAACAUGUCGAUACGGAUGGUGCGCGCCGUCAUAGUCCUAAUGUUAGCGAGUCGAGCGAGGCCACGUUCCGUGGCCCUACUGCGCGCUCAGCGAGUCCAACAGGCAGCCCAGGCAUACCUCCGGCGCUUUUUACAUCGACGACGACACCUAUUCUCUCACAAUCUCCUAACACAAUAAAAGCUGGGCACCGUUCAAGAAGUAGCAUGGAUUCCGUUGCUUCUGUCGCGGCCAUAUAUGGAUCCGGAGUACCGACAGACGCCGCCAACUUACUUAGCCGGAACAUGAACCUGGGAGAAGUUGUUCAUGGGCGUAACCAUGAUAUCCGAUCUCGGCACUCGCCUUCAGAAGGAGGGGAGAGGUCAGCAGGCGCAGAGACACCCGCUUCGGCCAAAGAUUCCAAGAGCUUCCUGAGCUUCUUAUCCAGGAAAAGGAGACAAACCAAAGAUGAUGGUGCAUACCCAUCACCUGAAGAGAUGGAGGCUUCCCCAACUUCACCACAGGGAUCUAUCCGCCCGGUAGGCUUGGGCGUUCGAGGAACCAAUGGCAGCGAUACUAAUCUUGAGCUUGCUGGCUCAACGCUGGGUAGUUAUGAUGACAGGAACGGCCAUGCUCUACGACCAAGGAGAAUCAGCCCCGUAAGGACCUACGUCCUGGCCACCAUGGAUUACUGGAACUACCGAAUGUGCGACAUCACGGAAGCAGAGACAGCAGCGGAAGUCCGUCAAGUUAUCUGCAUGCAUCUUGGCCUUGGCGACUUUGAAAAUUCUCACAUUUAUCUUACAGAAGUUGGCAAGUUUGAACAUGUGGAUCCCCUAGACGACUCGAGCCUUGUUACCGUCAGACGAGCCAAGGGUGACCCUCUUGGGACACUUAAAUUCUUCGUGACACCCCCAGGAGUUGCCCCCAUUUCCAGUCUUGCCGCUAAAGCUGAGGUCCCUGUGUCCUUGUCUCCUGGUUAUCUCCCACCAGGAACCACUGCUGAGGAUGCCCAACGAAAUAGCAGACAGCGAUCCAGUUCAUCGCCCCCCACCUCGCGUUCUAAUACAUUGACAGACGAGAAGACUGAGGAUAAGGUAGCACGAGAGGCAAGCUCAUAUAGAGCUGAAAUGGAGAGAAAGCAGCGUGAGUAUCUGGCCAAGAGGAAACAAGCAGCGAUGAAGGGUAGUCCGUCAGAAACACUUGGACCUGGCAUCGUCGGCCGGAAUGUCGAUUUCGACCAACCUCGAGAGUCGCCGUAUGAGGACAAGCGGCCAGAGCAACUCUUCCCCCAAAGACGACCUCCAGCUCCACCAAGCGAUCCUUCUGCGACGUUGAUCAAGGCGAACUCGCUAAGCAGAAAGACUGGAGCCAGCAUGCGCGCAUCAAGUGGCAGUCUUGAGGGAUAUCCAACACCACGGCAUCCGACCGAGAGUGAGAUGACAGAGAAGUCCAGGAGAUCCAAGGGAACAUCACAGCCAGCUACAGGUCCUGCUGGUAUUGGGGCAGCCCUUGCAGGCAUGGGCAGAAACUUGAGCGCUAUUGGACAAUCUGCCAAGAAUACUCGUGGCUCUUCUCCCUCCCGAUCCUCAACACAAUCAAUUCCUGGAGUCCCGAGAGCAACAUCUCCUACUGGUAUGAGCCCCAACUCGAGACGUACAAGGGGUGCUUUCGCCCCAGACCAUGCGUCACCUCCAAAACGACGUGCAACCCAUGGGCCAGAUCCAGACUUUGAGGACUCGGAUGUCCAAUUUUCGAAGCCUGCUCCCGCACCACCAGUUGACGAUGAUAGCGGGGAUGAUUCGGAUGACGGGCUCUUUGCCAUCCCUCUUGCCAAUCGAAACAAGGGCAAGGGUGCCACUGCGAAUGGUGAUGCCAACGGUCACAACAAGCGUCCUAGUCUGACGGUUAAUACGGCGCGCUCCAGGAAGGGCCUCUCAGUUGCCUUUACAUCGCCCAAGUCAUAUGGCAGUAGCGUGACUCCUGACAGUAACGAAGAUUCCCGACAAAAGCCGACUACUCCCCGUUCCGAAACGUGGGAAUCGGAAGACAAGGACAAAGACAGUAAAUUGGGCCGGCGAAAGUCGUUCAUCGAGAAGGAUGUGUGGGCUAAUCGCCCUCCAACGGACGCCCUUAUCAAUAACCUUGACGACUUCUUCCCCAACCUGGAUCUUGAUCAACCUGUUCUUGAUGAACCUGGCGAGGGUGGACUGCCACCAUCUCCAAUUGCCGAGGGCACGGAAACCACAUCUGAUCAAGGGCCAUCCCAGCCGGCAGUGUCGAGCCAUACUCAGCAAGCACCGCCUGCAGCAAUUCCGCCAUCCCGGCAACCAUCUCUAUACAAUGAAAACGAUACUCUUGGCUCCGAUGAGUCGACCCUCAAAGCCCUCGAUCAACAGAGGCCCACUUCUGUGGCUGCAAGGAGUAUUCGGCGCUCAGGCGGUCUCGGUCGAAUGAAGUCCAUUCGAGAAGUCGCCCGAGGCGCUCACGAGGCCAACAAGCGAACCAACUCAACUAAUCAAGGACCGUCGUCAGGCAACAUUAUGCGCCGGAAGAGCACGAAGAUGUUCAACGCCAACAUUGUACAAAUCCGACCAGAUAGGCGUGGCAGCGUCAUAAUGCCACAGAUUCCUCAAGAUACAGUGCCAAAGCGACAGACGACAUUUAGGUGGUUCAAGGGUCAGCUCAUCGGCAAAGGUACUUACGGCCGAGUGUACCUCGGUAUGAAUGCCACAACAGGAGAGUUCUUGGCUGUGAAAGAGGUUGAGGUGAACCCCAAGGCGGCUGGUGGUGACAAGAGCAAGAUGAAGGAGCUUGUUGCGGCUCUAGAUCAGGAAAUCGACACAAUGCAGCACUUGGACCAUAUCAACAUUGUGCAAUACUUGGGAUGCGAGCGAAAGGAAACUAGUAUCAGCAUCUUUCUCGAGUAUAUUUCUGGUGGCAGCAUUGGAUCAUGUCUGCGCAAGCAUGGCAAGUUUGAGGAGUCUGUCGUGUCUUCACUGACAAGACAAACACUCUCCGGCCUCGCCUAUCUACAUCGCGAGGGCAUUCUGCAUCGCGAUCUCAAGGCCGACAACAUUCUUCUUGAUUUAGACGGAACGUGCAAGAUCAGUGAUUUCGGCAUCUCCAAGAAGACAGACAACAUUUAUGGCAAUGAUAAAACAAACAACAUGCAAGGUUCGGUAUUCUGGAUGGCCCCAGAGGUCAUUCGGUCCCAGGGCGAAGGCUACAGCGCCAAGGUCGACAUCUGGAGUCUGGGUUGUGUAGUCCUGGAGAUGUUUGCUGGCAAGCGCCCCUGGGCCAAGGAAGAGGCUGUUGGUGCCAUCUACAAGAUUGCUAAUGGCGAGCGACCACCGAUCCCCGAGGACAUCCAGGAUACUCUUGGACCACUAGCCGUUGCUUUUAUGAUGGAUUGCUUCCAAGUAAACCCCUUCGACCGUCCUACAGCGGAUGUGCUCCUGUCGCAGCACCCGUUCUGUGAACUGGAUCCAAACUACAACUUUUAUGACACAGUGCUGUAUCACAAAAUCAAGUCGUUCAAAUAA